AAGCCGCGGCAGACGUAACGCUGUUUUCGAAUUACGAACGUUCGCGCUUCGAUCGUGUUUUGAUAGUUCCGAUAUUUGUAUUAGGAAGGCAUUUGAAUGAGCUCGUGUUAUACACUGUUUAAUUACUCGUUACUUGUUGUACGCAAAGUGUGGACAGUGCGACUUGAGUGAAAAGAAAGUUUUGGACUGCAUUAAAAUGCAUUAGUGAAUGAAGUCACCACGUUCCAUGUGUUGACUUUUCGUGAAUAAACCAACAGAGAAAGAAGCCUAACCUACAUUGAAAACUGUGGUGCCAAGUGAAAGUUAAAACUUUUGUUUUUGUGCAACACCGCUGAACUUUAUACACGUUUAGGAUUUGCACGGAGGAGCGGUUUGGGUUUUUCUAUUGGGACCGUAAAAAUAAUUGGAAAAGUUCCCGCCGCUUAUGGGAAAGAUCGCAUCUGGUGACCCGAAAACUGUAAUAAAAAUAAUCGAUUUAACGGGAAAUUUAUCUCAGGUCUUUGAAGUCCGAUCGUAGGAUGAUUAAUAGCGUGUGUGUGAGGAUGCGUUUUGAAAAACGCUGAAUUCUUUGGUCGGAGUGAAAAGGUUUUUCGGGCUUUAUGAGGGAGAGAAGGUCUUUACCGAUAAGCAGCGAAGUGGCGCUGAAGAACGAUAAAGAUGGAAAUGGAAAGUUGGCUGUGAACUCAGUUAUAUGUGGUGUGGUGGAUGAACUGUCGAACGGACGGACUGGGAGACGUGGGUCUUGGGUCCGGCACGCAGUCAUGGGUGUCCUCAGAUGGAAGGAUCUGACUGGCGUCAGGACUAGUACGCCUACAGAACAAAAAGAGGUGACAAGAACUGAAAACCGGCGAUCGGUGUCUGUGGGGGGCACCGGAGUCACCGUCGAAAGACAUUCGUAUGCCGAGGGUCGGGUGCCAGCUCCUCACGGCCUUCCACCUUCGCCUGGUGCAACGGCUGCUCAGCGAAAGGUCGCAGCAGCUUGUCAAGCCAGCAAGAGACUGCUGGAAGAGACCCUAUCUAAACCUGGACCCCCACCAACGAUAGUACAGCCACCUAAUGGAGGAUAUUGGGUGGAUGGAGUAGACGACACCCCACCAGACGGCGAAGACGCGGAACCACGCGUCCAACCCGGCACCCCUAGACAGGCAGGCAGACGACAUAACAUUGACACCGAUGAUACUGCAAAAUACUACCGACGGUUCUUCCUUGGCAAGGAGCACAUCAACCUGGUUGGCUUUGACGAGAACCUGGGUCCCGUGGUGCUGUCCUUGAAGAAUGAACAUGUCGCCGGACAAGACCAUACGAGGAUCCUACUUCGGCUUCGCACAGAAACUAUGCAUGGACUUAUACCCACCACAAGAUCAAGCAUAAUGCCAUCACCAUUAAAAAUGGCUAAAAUGCUGAACGAACAAGUUAACGUCGAGAAUUUCAUGGCAGUGAUGUGCCUAAGUGCGUCUUCUCUAAUUGCCACAUACGAUGAGCAUGUUCUUGAGAACACAUUCAAGUUUGGUGUCCUGUACCAGAAAUUCGGACAGACUACUGAAGAGGAGCUCUUUGGGAACAACGAGACGUCUCCAGCGUUCGAUGAGUUCUUGGAAAUGCUCGGGCAGAGGAUCAAGUUGAAGGAUCAUAAAGGCUACCGAGGUGGGCUCGACAUGAAUGGCCAUACAGGAACAGAAGCUGUGUACGAGCGAUACUACGAUAGAGAGAUCAUGUUCCACGUCGCCCCUCUUCUCCCUCACACAGCUGGUGAUGCACAACAACUUCAGAGGAAACGGCAUGUGGGCAACGAUAUUGUGGCGAUUGUUUUUCAGGAAAAGGCAACCCCAUUCACACCAGACAUGAUUGCUUCGCAUUUCCUCCACGCUUUCAUCGUGGUCACGCCCUUGGAAACUGCCGGCGGGGAGACCAGGUACAAGGUGGCCGUCACCGCUCGUGUAGACGUACCAUUUUUCGGGCCUACUCUCCCUCAGCCGUCUAUCUUCCGAAAAGGGCGCGAGUUCAAGGAAUUUCUUCUUACCAAACUGAUAAAUGCUGAGAACGCUUGCUAUAAAGCUGAUAAAUUCGCACAACUAAAGUUGAGGACUAGAGCAUCGCUGCUGCAAAAUUUAGCUGAAGAUCUGAAGAAUAAAUCUAUGGAGUUCCUUGGUACUGGGGUCAGGAUAGAACCAAGUGCAGUGUCCCCACAGCCAGAAGGCACUCCGAAACAAGAAGGGCCUGGAGCUAGGUUUAUUGAUACAGUGAAGAAAGCGCUCAUUUCUAAAGUCAGAUCACCAAGCGUCGACACGAAUCUCUCAGGCGAUAGCAACAAAAAUCCUAUUAAUAAAGGAUGCAAAGUUUUACACGAAACACCUACACCUAAUAGCGGCCGUUCGAAGUCAUCAAUUGCGUCUUCGUCAGCAAGUGCUGUGUCUGUUCGUUCUGCUGGAGGGUCUGGAGAGUCAAGUCCAGACGUGACGUCACGCGUGGUGCCACCUCGCCCCGUACACGAUCAUAGUGACGACUCCAGUUUGAAUUCAGUGGAUUUAGACCCGCUCGGUGCAGUAUAUGUAGACAGUGACACAGGUUUGGAGUCGAUGUCGUCGGCAGAGGCUGGUGCCAACCGCGGUGACGUCAACGCCGGCCAGAGAGGUGAUGCUGAACAACUAAGACAGGAGGUCUGCCGGCUCAAAAACGACAAGCUGGAUCUUUUGAAGCAAAACAUUACAUGGCAAAACGAAAUUAAAUGCCUGCGGGAGAGGGAGAUGACGUUGCAAGCGGAACUUGCCGCGGCCGCACGCGAAGUGAGAAGGCUACGCGAUCAGCAGGCGACUGGCACCAUCAUUCCCAACCCAUCCACACACGACUCCACGGCUUAAACCUUAAGUCCCUUACUACUUAGAACGGCAUUACCAACACACGGUACGACAAAAAGCGGUGAUGACGUAUUAAAGACGGCAACGAAAUUAUCUUGUAAUACAAUUUGUAUUUGAAAAUAAUUUCAAAAACGUUAUAGUGGACUACAAAUGCAUAAAUAUACAAAUAAAAAUAGUACAGUGUUUUAAGAAAUCUUUGGUAUUCAGUGUCAUAUUUAUGUAUAUGUAGAGGUGGAUACAAACUUUGCGAAGCUCACCGCUCACCGGACGCAGCAAGGGUUGCUAUAUUAUUAUGGUAUCCGUGCGUGAUGUGAUCCAGCCGAUUUCGGCAACGGCGACUGCUUCAACUCCGACGUUCAUGUGCUCGCAUGUGGCUUAUGUAGCCAAUCUUAUUGGAAAAGAUCCUGGCACAUAGUGGGCAUGUGAGUACACCAUUUAAAUAUGCUUAAUUGAUCGCCGUAGGCUUUCAGUUCAUCGCGCUUGGCGUCAAGCUCUAAGCGCCGUCGAUGUUCAAAUUCAUAAACUUUGGUGUGAACCAAAGCUCUCCAUACCGGGCGAUUAGCGGCUAUAUUUUCCCACUGACAUGGCUCAAUGCCGCACUUUUUCAUGUGCCGCUUUAGCACGUCUUUGUACCUAAGGAGUUGUCCGCCAUGCUUGCGCUUGCCUUCCUCAAGUUCACUGUGUGUAGGUAGCACAUACCUCUCACCGAAUAAGAAGGUUCAAUACACAUAUGUCGAGGUUGUACGGGCAAUUAGUUAACCCCUCUGAAGUAAACCUACAAUAAGUCACAUAAAAAAAAACAUUGCGACCCGUGCGGCGCAUGGCGUGCGGGGCUCAUGCCUCGCAAAAUUUGUAUCCGGCUUAGCAUGUAGCCAUUGUCAGAUGUAAAAAAUCUUGACACUCAUUGUUAAGUUGUCGAUUUGUAGUACCUAUUGUACUGUCUACAUAUAUUGAUAUGUUUUUUCGGAGGGAUAGAUCUGUAAAGGGACAUCGAGAGGAUGUAUGAUUCUGGGGAAACGAUUUUACAAUUAUUUGUUGAUUUUUCCAAUGAUUAUAAAUGUUUAACCUAGGCCAUUUCGAUUUGGCUAUAUAUAUUCGUAUAAAUAGUAAAGGGUAUUACUUAUACUAAAUAACAUCAACGUAAAGGCAAUCCUAGCCUAACUAUACGUACCUAGUAAUUUCAUACUUCGUAGAUACAAAGGCUUGACUGACGAAUAUUAUAUAACUGGACAAAUUAGUGAUGGCUAAUUUAAUACUUUUUUAUAAAGAAAUUUCGAUUGAGUCGUACCAAGUUAAAAUAAUUAAUAUAUUUGAGAAAAUCUUUAUGCUGGAUGCAUGUGAAAAUAUAUCCACGGAUUUUAUUAAUGUUUACGAUUAAAUCACCUAAAGGGUGAGCAAGCACAGAUCUAUAGAGAAGCGGCUUCACCACAACUCUGCAGUUAUGAGUUAAGUAACCCUAAACAUGAUCAAUGUCUUUUUAAAAACUACUUACUUAUUGCUUUUUAUCGAAAUUUGAACAUCGAUAAAUAUUUGAAGCAAAUGUGUCUUUAGUAACAUAAAGGAAUAGAAAUAUAUUUUUACACACGUCUGGUGUAAAUAAUUGAGACUCAAUCUAUAUGAAAAAAAAAAACUGUAACUGAUUAGAGAAUAUUUGAAUCUUUUUAUAUGUCGUUAUAUAAAAAUAAAAACUCUUGUAAAUGUCUUUUAGGCUACUGUAGCUUUUUGUAAAUGUUGUGAUAAUUAUUAUUACUUAUAUCUGGAGAAUAGAUACUGGUCAUGGGUAGCGUACUAGAUGGAUAAAAUGAAGUAAUUCUGAAAGCUAUAUUUUUUAACUUGCGGCAAUAUUUGGUGAAGAAGAAACAUAUGGUUAACUAAACUUGAGUGAUGCUGAUAUGAAAAAAAAAUCUUUAUUAGAAGGAAAUACGUAACCCAUGAUUUGCAUCUGUGUUUUCCGACAUCAAUAUUUCCAAUAUUUAAACAUUCGCAUCAACAUUAACAUUGUAUCUAGGUACUCAUACAUUCAUCUGAGCAAUUUGUUCGUGUUCAUUUAGAAAAUUACUUUACGCGCAAAUUAAUAUAUCUAAUAUUUUAUUUACAUCUUAUCAGAUCUAGAAAAAUAUUAUUUAGAAGAAUUAUUAUAUAUUCAUAUCUGACAUAGAUAUUUAUAUUUAAAAGUGUAAAAUUAGUGCGCCUUCAAGUUUGUUCUAUGUAUGACUUAAAGUGCAUAUAAUUCUCUAUUCUAUCAGAAUCGAAAGUGUAUGUCUACAUAUUCCAUAGUUUGUGUACUGGAUGUUGUAGGUAAAGAGGAAAUGGAAUUAAAAAUUAACGGUACCUACUCAAUUAAGCCUUGAUAUCUGUUAGAGCCUAUGUAACUAUUACUUAUAUGGUGCACUAGAAAAUUGUAUAACUGAGAGAUAUUCAUCUUAUAGUAUAUAAUACAUGUUAGAGGUCAUCCGUUAGGUUUCCCAGUAUUUUACGUGUUCGUACAAUGUUAUUUUUAGUUCUGCACCGUGCAAUGUCUAUCCUACCUUGCAAUCGAAAUGUUUUAAAUAUUUCCUUUAUUUGUAUACAAAUUUAAGUUCGCCAGUUACUGUAAAUAUAUUUUAACUGGUCUUAGGCUAUUGAUUAAACAGUAUUUUUCUUAAUUUAUGCUUGAUAUAAGUUUCGUUUCUCGUAUCAUUGAGUUUAAUUACGUUUUGUUGUUUAUAAUUAAUAUUUUAUACCAAAGUUAACAUUCCCCACUAAAUAGUUUAGUUUCUUGUAAUGCAGCAAAGAGAUGAACCAGUAUUUUAUCUUAGUUGAGCACUUAACACUUGUAUCUAAGUUUACAUUUAGUUUGAGUAUUAAAUGUAUUGUCUUAGAUUUCAGUUCGACUGUUGAUUAUGACUAGGAUAUCUGACUAAACUGUUGAUUCGUCUUCUUAGACUUAAACCAAAUAUUGCGAGCGCGGAGCGUUAGAAGAUAUAGUAUAUAAUUUAAGAGAUACUAUUGAAAUAUAUAAAUAGUUAAUACUAAAUAAA